ACCAAAGCGUGUUCUGCUGGACCUCACCGAGAAACGGCAGGAACGACGAACCUUCGAGAACUUCAGCUCCCAGAGAGACCGUUUCCACGCACACGCAGGAAAAUGGAGGAGGACGGUCGUCCCGGUUCCGCCCUGGUCCGGAUACUCGCGCUGGUUCCGACUCUCCGUUUGUUGUUCCUCCGCGUCCGCGGGGUCCUCCUCGGUGUAUUGGCGGCGUUUCCCGCGGUCCGUCUGGUCCUCAGAGGCCUGUUCGGAGGGCUGAGCGGCGCAGUUCUGUUCCUGGGGUUUGCACACAGCCUGCCUUUGACCUUUGACCUGAAGCUGGCUGCAGGGUUUGGUUUUGUUGGUUUGUGCGUGGCCGGCGCUGCUCUGUCUUCAUACUUCAGGUGUUCGGUCCUCCUUGUGUUUCCCAGCAUGCUCGGCUCUCGGGGUCGCACCUACCUGAUGAUCCUGGUCCUGUCAGUGCUGUUCAAAGGUCCGAUCGCAAACAUCCAGAAAAACGUUGAGGCAGCAGCGUUUUCUCUGAGCUGCAACUUGGACCUUCAGGUUCAUAACGGCAAGUUGCUAUGGAAACACGCCAUCAGGCCAUUCAUCCUGGUCACGGAGGAGCUCAUGGGCGACCAGGUGGAGUUUGAGUCAGAAACCCGGAGCAUCAGCCAGAAGUUCCAGAACCUCAGAGAUGAAAUGGUCCUUCAGUACGGAUACGAGGGAUUCAAACCACCACCAGGCGGCGGCGCUAACAGCACACAGGAACAGUUCGACAUCAGGACCAAGAUGCAGUGCGACAGCCUGGUGAACGACGGCGUGCAGCGAUGUGCCGGUUGGUUCGACAGCAGGUGGAAGGCGUGCAUGGCGGUGAUUCCUGUCCCCGUCAUCAACCACAUCCUAUGUGUCUCCAUGAAGUUCCACUUCCUGUGUGACAUCAUGAAAGUCAUGACUCCGUGGUGCAGAGAGAAGAUUCCUGUGGAGGGAAACUUCGGUCAGCUGUUCGAUCAGCUCAACGUGUCUGUGGACCUUCUGUCCAGAGAAUUCAGCACCAAGCUGGUCGUUCAGGAGGAGCAGCAGCAGUCCGUGCUGGAGGGAGCUCAGCUGGACCAGAACUUCACUCAGGCCAUCAAAGUGUCCUUCCUGGGACUGAUGAGGACCACCACACAGAUGAUGAACGUCCUGCAGAUGCUGCUGUCCUUCACCUUCAUCUCCAUCUUCAUCCAGGCCUUUGAGUACAUCAGAUGUUACAGGAGCGACAUUUGUUUUGACAACGUUUACAUCACCUCCUACUUCAGACUGGUGGACGCCCGCAGGAGAAAGGCUGGGAAGCACUUCCUGUUGCCGCUGAAAAAAACGGAGAAGAACAAGUUCAUCGACCCCUGGAGUCCCAGAAUCCAUCAGGAAGAGCUCAGACAAGUGAUGGCAGGAGCCUUCCACGUGGUGUCUCUGGCGCUGCUGGUCUUCAUCCUGCUCUCCUUUGACUUUGCUAUUUUCCACGUUAUGGACAUCGUCAGCAGACACACCGUCACCCAGUUUAACCUGAUCAGUCACCACCAGGUGGACAUCAGAGUAGGCGGAGACUCUAUGAUAUCCCGCCUCCUGAGGACGACAAUCUCCGCCUUCAACAGUUCAUCUAACCUUAACAUUCUCACUGACAACCAAGCGUGCAUGCCCCCCCACUCACCCCUGUCUGCUGGCGUGUACCUGAGCUGUGUGGGUUGUGUCCUUUUGGCGGCGCUGUUCACCUGCCUGCAGGUGUACACCAACCGGCUGCGGCGAGCGAUCGCAGCCUUUUACCACCCAGAGCGGGAGCAGAAGAGGGUCCUGUUCCUCUACAACCUGCAGCUGCACCGCCGGACGCUGUCGGCUGAGAGGACGAACGGCGCCGGCCGAGGACACAGCAGGACGGUGUUUCAGCGGCUGACCAGGUGGGGGCGCCGCCUUUUCCUUCACCAAACUCAGAGAGGCAGGAACUCUGAGCAAACGCACUACGCAGGCAGCUGAAGAGAAGAAAAGGAGAAGAAAAGGAGAAGAAAAGGAGAAGAAAAGAAG